UUGUCGGUGGACAUGAAAGAACUUCGAAGUCCUGACAAAAGGUCAGUGAUCAUCGAUCAUGUGUUGACUUAUCUAUUCUUCCUCGGCUUGAAGUCCGUUGUAGAUACAGAUAUUCAAGUUACAAGAAAAGCCCCUAACUUGAACAUUGCCCUUAUCGGUGGCAGUGGUACCGCCGGCUAUCAAACUGAUGUCUCUCGGCUUCUGUCACCAUGACGCUGAAUCUCAGCAGUCUACCAGAAGACGUCCUGUACAACGUUUUCUCCUUCCUAAGUCCAGUGUCUAUCCUCAGAGUUCGACAGGUCUCCAAGGAUCUCCACUCGCUUACUCACCAAAAGAUUGUCUGGACCAACGCAUAUCGGAACUCCAACAGCUUUCUUCCCGUAGAGCCUCCUGCUGAUACGUCCGCCUUGGAGGUAGAACGCGCUCUUAUUUCCGCUAUCAAGCUAGACGAGGCAUGGAGCAAACCUCAGCCAGAGCAUGCACGCGAACGGUUUCUCAAAUGCCCCCCGGGGAGGUCCGAUAAUAUCUACAUCAAAUUAUACCACGGACGGUACCUAAUGAUUGGGUCGCGAUCUUCGUUUUCGUUCUAUGAUCUAGACGCCAAACCGGAGGACUGGGGUCGUCGCAUUUUCGGGUCUGGCGAAUCCGAAUCCACGUACUCGAUCUACCGCGCCAAUACGGACGAUUCUGUGGAGGUCUCGUACAUAUCUGCGGUGGCAUCGUCGCGGUUGCCUCAAUAUUUCAUUCGGAUAUGGCAGAUUGACUUUGUUGGCAAGACGCUCCUGCAGGUCGCAGACGUACCUAUAGGGAGGAACAUGUCAAGCUUUGCCAAGAUCACGAAUGGAUGGCUGGUGCACGGUGCUAACAGACAACAAGGGUCAAACGCUUUCAAUGCCGUGCUGUUCCACAUACCCACUCGGCAAACGUAUGAAGUACCCGUUUAUGUCCCAUCUCCAGGAAGCGGAGAGGAACGCAUCUUUCAAAUAGACUACAUUAUUGCUCCUCAGCAUCUCCUCCUCAUGUACAUUUCAAGACGACAGACCUUAUUCGAGGCCUUCCCACUUCCAAAUACCAACGACACCGCUCCUAAUAAAGUUUUAUCCGGCUCCCAUAGUGGCAUCUGUCCGUCUGGAUUCACCGAAACCACCUUCGUCAGCGCCUCAGACCAAGCGAAGCGUAUACGUCUCCUGGGUAGUGUCAUCACAGGACCCGCACGGGGUAUGCCGGGUGUCAGAGUGUUCGACGUGGUUCUGGAGAAGGAUGGGUUAAUGUCGUUUCCGGAGGAGUGCUACAACAAUGCCAUGUCGGGCUACAAUCUUCACUUGACGCUAUCGCGCUCUGGGGCCGUGCGGGGUAUCUGCAUGGCUCCUACCACAUUCACCCUUUUGCGUGUCGAUUUUGGACCUAGGGCUAAUGGUGAUAUGCGGCUGGAUAUCACGGAGCUUGGGUUGAAGUUGGAUGGUGUUAUCGCCUAUGAUGUGGAUUUCGACGGCUUUCGUGGACGGCUGUGUCUUGUUCGCGAUGAAGGUAUAAUGAUAUUAGACUACAUGUAAACUUUCGAUGUCAUACAAGUACAUAU